ACGAGCUCUCAGUCUUGAGACUUUCUCGGUGAAACCAACAGCGGUACCUAUACGAGAUCUGCGCGCGAAUUUCACCUUUCACGGAUCGGAAUACGGGAUUUGGUUUUUACUUUUUUUUUCCUUUACGUUUUGGCGCGUCCGAAAAUAAAAGUGAAGUUCUCUCGAGAGAAGAUGGCACGUCGAAAAGGAUGGGGGCCGUUUUUCAAAAAUCAGUUCCAUCAUUAACAUGGGCAAAUUUGGUUUCAACCCAACGAAGUUAAUACACUGGCACAACCUCCCCGAAAAAUACAAGACGGAACACAAGAAGCGAACGACGGACGUAGUCGUCGAGACCCAACAGAAGUACAGCACCGCACCGAUUUUACCCAAGGAGAAGUUUUCGAGAAAUGAAUUUUUCACCUGCACGAUCUGCAAUUGGAGCAACAAGCCGACGAACUCGCAGCACGACUACAUGAAGCAGCACCUGUACAUUAAGUGCUGCGUCGACAAGGAGAAGGCGUCGUGGAAGUUUCAGGCGCAAAAGGUCUCCAUCAGGAAUUACACCCCGAAGACGAUCAAUCAGGAGAUGAAUUUGGGCAUGUGGAUGUGAGAGAUGGCCGCCAUAGUUGGAACGAUAGCGCACAUCGCCGGUCUCGCCACGUCGAUUGGAGGCAACCCGCUGACGCUGGUAGGCUUACUCCCGGUAGUCGCCAUUGGCCUCACGUAUAUGAGAUAUACCUCGGUCGAUCCCGAGUCGCAUCCGAUCGACGCCAGAUACGUGCGUCCAGAGUACGAUUUUGUGGUCAUAGGGGCAGGAUCGGCUGGGGCAGUCGUCGCGUCGCGACUGUCGGAGGUGGCCAACUGGACCGUGCUCCUCUUGGAGAUGGGAGGUGACGAGAACGAAAUUUCCGACAUACCCGCGCUGGCCGGCUACGCGCAGAUGUCCGAGUUCGACUGGAUGUACCAGACGUCGCCGCCGGGCGAUUCGAAGUAUUGCCUCGCGAUGAUCGGCGACCGCUGCAAUUGGCCGCGGGGAAAGGUGCUGGGAGGAUCGAGUACUAUCAACGCGAUGGUCUACGUGCGAGGCAACCGACGCGAUUACGACGACUGGGAGGCGCAGGGUAAUCCAGGUUGGUCGUACGAGGACGUCUUGCCCUACUUUUUGAAAUCGGAAGACAAUCGGAACCCUUACCUGGCGAAGACCAAGUACCACAACACUGGUGGUUAUCUGACCGUGCAGGAAGCGCCUUGGCGAACUCCCCUGGCGAUCUCCUUCUUGCAAGGCGGCAGGGAGUUGGGUUACGAGGUGCGCGAUUGCAAUGGUGAGAAACAGACAGGGUUCAUGAUCGCCCAGGGCACCAUACGAAGAGGGUCUAGGUGCUCGACUUCCAAGGCGUUUCUACGCCCGGCGAGGUUGCGCCCAAAUUUACACAUCGCCAUGAACUCACGAGUGACAAAAAUUCUAAUUGAUGGACUUACGAAGCGGGCUUAUGCGGUAAGGUACGUGCGCAACAAUCAGCCGCGAACAGUUCGCGCCAGAAAGGAAGUGAUACUCUCGGCGGGCGCGCUGAGUACCCCCCAAAUUCUGAUGCUCUCCGGCGUCGGCCCACAGGAACACCUGGAAAGUUUCGGGAUUCCGGUUUUGAGCAACCUCCGAGUAGGGGACAACCUGCAGGACCACGUAGGUCUAGGGGGCUACACGUUCAUAAUCGACCAACCCAUCAGCUUCAACAAACAGCGCUACCAAAGGCUCGACGUCGCAAUGGAGUACAUCCUCAACGAGAGAGGCCCGCUGACAUCCUUCGGCAUCGAGGGCGUCGCCUUCGUCAACACCAAAUACGCGCCGAAAUCGGGCGACUGGCCCGACAUCCAGUUCCAUUUCGCCGGAAGCAGCGUGAACAGCGACGGCUCGCAGGUGAAGAAAAUCACGGGUCUACGCGACAGCGUAUACAACACCGUCUACAAGCCCCUCAUCAACGUGGACACCUGGACCAUACUUCCCCUACUGCUCCGGCCCAAAAGCAGAGGAUGGGUGCGGCUCAAAUCCAAAGACCCGACCACCCACGUCGACAUCAACCCCAACUACUUCACCCACCGCGAGGACAUCGACACCCUCAUCGCCGGAAUACGCAUCGGACUCAACCUCUCCGACACGCCGGCCUUCCAAAGGUUCCACUCCAAGUGCCACCGCACCCCGUUCCCGGGCUGCCGCCAGUACCCCUUCGACACCGACGAAUACUGGGAGUGCAGCAUUCGCCAUUUCACCUUCACAAUCUACCACCCGACCUCGACGGCGAAAAUGGGCCCCCCAAGCGAUCCGGCGGCGGUCGUCGAUCACCGCCUGCGCGUCUACGGCGUAAAAAACCUGCGCGUCGUCGACGCCUCGAUCAUGCCGACGAUCAUCAGCGGCAACACGAACGCCCCCACGAUCAUGAUCGGCGAAAAGGGCGCCGACUUGAUCAAGGAAGAUUGGACGGGUAGAUAGCGCGCCAUAAAAAAAGAACACUUUCGCUCAGUGAUUACGCUAGUCAAAUAUUUUGUAACGUACAACGCAUUGUUGCAUAUGUUUAAGUAAAAGUGUUUAUGUAAAUUACGAAAGGAUAGUGAAAACAUACGAACGUGAUGCGGCCAUUCGAGGUCAGUGUCAAUGGCCGCUUUCUCCGACGUUUUUUCAGGUGUAAAGCAGUUGAAAUGGCUUACCUGUAAAGACAAAAACUUAUUAAUUAUUUAAG